UUCCAAUUCUCUUCAAGAUGGAAGAUUUCCCCAAUACAAUCGUCUUCUGGAACUCGGAGGACUACCCAAUCCCUUGUGGUGCCCAUCUUUCUUCUGCUAUGCGUAAUAUCGAAGAAGCUCUUAAUCGAAAGGGCUUUCAUGGGUGCGUGGAUAUCCAGGCGUAUGGCGACCAUCUGAACCAGGUCGAGUUACGGAAGGCCCAAAUCACCUACUUCGAACCAGAAACUUCACGGGGUUUGAGUUCGGCUGUUUCCAGAAUGCCUAUAGAUAUGAUUCAGGACGCAGCAACGAGUGCUGAACCACCAACUUUUAUGGUAAUCGCAAAACACCCAGAAAGGGAGUGGCACAGGGUUCUUCAGUGUUUGCAAUCGAGAAAUCACACUGUUCUCGUACUAGAGCCCCCUGAUGACACCGCUUUUGAUGACGUAGAAUCACUAGUUCAAUGUACACGAGUCCCUCAAAUCUUGGAACAUCGCUCCAAGAUCCAAGAUUUCUCCGAGCCUCUCACACACGCCAAAGGGAAAAAGACAGUCGUCUUCUGGGACGUCGUGGAUUGCCCAUUCCCUACUCGUUGUUCCGAUGCUGAUGAGAUCUUCAGCAAAAUCGACAAAGCUCUCUCACCCUGGGGUGAGACGUCAAUCUGGGCUUAUGUCGAUGAGGGUAACGACGGGCCAUGGAGUGGUGAGUGUCUGCGUGACAAGACGUGGGAUUCCAGAAUCUACUUUCUUCCCGGAGGGGCCUCGAGACCUGAAAGAAUGUUAAAUGACAUUCAUUUAUUGUUUUCACUGAAUUCUCAGGCCGGGCGUUAUACAACAAAAUUGGUCGGAGUCUCAGAUCAGAUCACAGAUGACACGUACUUCUUCGAUAGGCUUGAAAGUUACAGUGAUAGCUGUUUUGUUUUCUUAGUCACUCCGACUCGGAACAUCAACGAUCCAGAUAGCACUGACUGGCCACAAUUGCUAAUAGAUGAAGCAUACUUUUUCGAACCUUCUCCCGAAACACAUGAAGAGGAUGCACAAGUCUUCUGGAACUUGGAGGACUACCCAAUCCCUGAUGGUUUCCGUCUUCCUUCUUUUCGCCGUAAUAUCGAAAAAGCCCUUAAGAGAAUGGGCUUUGGUGGGCACACGUACUUCCAGGCGUAUGGUGACCGUCUGAACCACGGCAGAGCUGCGUUGCGGAAGGCCCGAGUCGAGUACUUCUUACCCGAAGGGGGUGACUAUUCGGCUGUUUCCAGAGUGCCUCUGGAUAUGAUUAUGCACGCAGCCACGACGGGACCAUCAACAUUUUUAAUAAUCGCAAAACAAAGCCCAGAGAGGGAAUGGCGCAGGGUUCUUCCGUGUUUGAAAUCGAGAAAUCACACUGCUAUCGUAGUAGAUGACACCGCACGAUCUUUGAAAUCAGUAGUAAAACGUAUACGAGUGUUAGAUGAAGAGAAGCCUAUAAGCAAAAGCUCCAAGAUCCAAGAUUUCUCCGAGCCUAUCACACACGCCAAAGGAGAUAAUACAGCCGUCUUCUGGGACGUCGUGGAUUGCCCAUUCCCUCCUCUUUGUUCCGAUCCUGAUGAGAUAUAUCGCAGAAUCGAGGAAACUCUUCGUGGAAGUGGUUGUACAGCUGAGAUAUCAAUCUGGGCUUAUGUCGAUGAGGAUAACGACGGGCCUUGGAGUGCAAAGAUGAUCCUAGUCUCAGAUCAAGUCAGAGAGGGCACGGAUCUCUUCCGCACAUAUCAAGAUUUGAAUGGGACAUCAGGUUUCCGUGUUUGCUUAGUAACUCCGACUCGGGACGUGAACAAAGCAGAAAGCCCUGAAUGGCCUCGACUACUAUUAGCUGAAACAGCAACCCUUUUUGGUUCCAAAAGCCAACUCAAAGAGCAUGCGGCCGAAGAAGUAAUACAAGUCUUCUGGAACUCGGACGACUACCCAUUCCCUGACAAUUACGAUUUUUGUUCUAUUGUUUUGUCUAUCGAUGAAGAUCUUGAGGAAAUGGGUUUUAAUGGGAUUCCGGAAAUCUGGGCGUAUGGUGACUACCCGCACGACGGCAUAGAGAGAUUGAGCAAGACCGGAAUAAAGUACCACUUGUCCGAAAGUUCAAGGGGUGACUGUUCGGCAAUGCCUCUGGACAUGCUGUUAUGCGCAGCCACGAGGGGACCAUCAAAGUUUUUGGUAAUCGCAAAACAGAGGCCAGAAGGGGAGUUGCAGAGGGUUCAGCAGUGUUUGAAAUCCAGAAACCACACUCUUGUCCUAGUGGAUGACACCGCACAAGAAUGGUCAAUACUAUCACUAGCUGAUUGUACACAAGUGUUAGGUGGAGGAGAGCUUUCACAAUUUUUACGUGAAAAAAUGCCUAUAAGCAACACUCGUAUUCUUAUCUCAGGGGAACACACAGCCGUCUUCUGGAACAUGGAGGAUGUCCCGUUCCCUCAUUAUUCCGAUCCUGAUACCAUCUAUUGCAGAAUGGUAACUUCUCUUGGUGAAAGGGGCGUGCACUGUACAGGUGAGGUAUCAAUCUGGGCUUAUGUUGAUGAGAAGGAGGAGUCUAGGUAUCUGCGUGACAAGACGUGGGAUUCCAGAAUCUACUUUCUUCCCGGAGGGGUCUCGGGACGUAACAGAAUGUUAAAUGACAUUCUUUUAUGGCAUAUGGACUAUUCUAACGAGCAUUCUGAUCCACCACAAUUGAUCGUAGUCUCAGAUUAUGUGUAUAGCCCGUCUUGCUCCCGGAUGUGGGAUUAUUUGCAAUCGACAUGUAACUACAGGGUUCGCUUCGUAACUAGUAGGCCUGGGCACGUCGCAUGUAACGAAAGCGAAAGUUCAGAACCUAUAUCAGUUUCGUGUACUCAUCUUUUUAAAUGAACUUAUAAAUCAAUUUGAUCUGUGUGUAAUUAACACAAAUUUCUAGCAAAAAAAUGAACUUGUAUAUCAAUUUGAUUCUAUUUUUAAAAAAAAU